CACCAAAAGUAGAGCUUAUCUUGAUGGAGCUUGAAGAAAAGUCUAAGGGUUUUAGUAAACAAAGAGCUCGAGACAGUCAGUUUGGAUAAUAAACAGCAAUAGCUUUGUAGAGUCACGCUCUGAAGACCAUAGUCCACAAAGAACCUUCUAUCAAGACUUCCAGGAUACCCUAGAGAGGGAUAUAUGGCUUUGCUCUUCAGUGGAUACUCUGUAAAGAUCAGGGUGUCUCCAAGAGUUCUCUCCAACGGCAAGGAAAAGAAAUGGGUGAAUUAUGAAUCUUGACAAUUGCUGACCUUGGAUUUCUGGGGAAGUCUUUUAACAGAACCGAUAUCUUAGUAACUGUUUCACCACUUCCAAGUGGUUCCUUAUUCAUCUCCCAAAUGGAAAAAAUGCUUGGAAAUGACAUGAUUACUCUGACAUCUGGGAGUAUAGUAUAUAUCAUUGUAGAGAUUGUCAUUGGACUUUGUGCCAUUGUAGGCAACGUGCUUGUCAUCUGGGUGAUCAAGUUGAACCCAAGCCUGCAGAAUACCACUUUCUAUUUCAUUGUGUCUCUGGCCUUGGCUGACAUUGCAGUGGGUGUGCUGGUCAUGCCUCUUUCCAUUGUGAUUAGCUUGGGCAUCGUCAUUCACUUCUAUAGCUGCCUUUUUAUGACCUGUCUGCUGCUGGUCUUUACCCAUGCCUCCAUCAUGUCCUUGCUGGCCAUUGCUGUGGACCGCUACCUGAGAGUCAAGCUCACGAUCAGAUAUAAAAGAGUGGUUACUCAGAGAAGAAUAUGGAUAGCCCUGGGAUUCUGUUGGCUGGUGUCUGUCCUGGUCGGGCUGGUCCCCAUGUUUGGCUGGAAUGAGAGACUGAGCCCAGGGAAUUCUGGAAAUACCAGCUCCCUUGCAUGCCGCUUCCGCUCAGUUAUGAGGAUGGACUACAUGGUCUAUUUCAGCUUUUUCACCUGGAUUUUCAUCCCGUUGGUCAUCAUGUGUGCCAUCUAUGUCGACAUUUUCUAUGUCAUCCGGAACAAGCUCAGACAGAAUUUCUCUGGCUCGAGAGAGACUGGUGCAUUCUAUGGGAGGGAAUCCAAGACAGCCAAGUCCCUGCUUCUCAUCCUCCUCUUGUUUGCCUUUUCAUGGCUGCCUCUGUCCAUCAUGAACUGUGUUUCUUAUUUCUUCCCUAAGGUUAUCAUAGACCAAAAUUUGCUCUGCUUGGGCAUCCUGCUAUCUCAUGCCAACUCCAUGAUGAAUCCCAUUGUAUAUGCUUGCAAAAUAAAAAAAUUCAAGGAAACCUACCUUUUGAUCCUCAAAUCCUACAUCCUACAUAUACCAUCUGACUCCUCGAGCACUGAGCAGACUUCAGAAUAGAAAUCCUGGAAAUCACAAUUGUCCAUUCCCUUGUUCUCAUCAUUUCCUUUGUUGGAGAUUGAGGGGGUCAUUUGGCUCAUUUACAUCUCCCCUUCUGUCUUUGCUCUACAGAGGACUGUACUCUAGAUGGCAGCUAGUGAAAAACUUAACCACCUGUACUUUUUUUCUCCUCUGAGCUUAUGAGGGAAGUUGGAGCAAUAAGUACUAGAGAUUGCUCCAUUUUUUUAUCUGUAAAAUGGGAACUACAAGACUCAGUGGAUGGUAAACAUGUUGGACAAUGAUUGAGUUCUGUACCAUUGUAUCUGCCCUCCUCCUGUUCUUAAUAGGACUGUUCUUAAUACCUACUGGGAAAGAUGGGAGGGAAGUAGAAUGAAUAGAAUGAUGGUUUGAACUACUGAGUUAACUUGUUGGUAUACAUGAUCAAAUAAAAGAUGAUACCUUAA